CUACAGUACCGUCUGCGCCCAACAAGGUCAAGUCAGUGCGUCCUGCGCAUAUCUUGAGUGUCCAUAACCCACCAUCCACCCUUUUCCAACAUCAAAUCUGGCAGUGAAGCCACCCAAAAAAACUUGGUCUAGCCUUUUGUCUACUGUACAGUGCCUGCCGCUUCUUCCCCUGCGUCAUUGCCGCGGAACAACCUCUCGAUCGAUCAGGAAGAUCUUUUUCAUCCUUGCACAUCAUACAACGGGUACCAACGUCUGUCCUUUACGUGUAUAAACACCUCUCUUCCAGAUCCGAGGUAUCUUCUUGCCUUGUCACCAUUUUAUUCCAAUUUGUUUGACGGCCUCCUCUUGUCAUCAAUGCCCGCUUCCUUCACCCUCUCUUCGAGGCUUCUCUUUCUAUCGUAGAACACACAAUCUUCAGGUCAUUACUUGUCAACACUGACCAUGGAGUCAACUCUCAAUCACAUGCUGUACGCGCGCCAGUCGCAGGGCAGCAAUCGUGGAGGUGGCUCGAACUCACUCUCCGGUAUUUUGUCGACUUUGAUCCCAACGCUGGUCAUCGCCGUCGUCGCCUUCUCUGCUUUCCUCUUUGUUCGGACUCGUUAUUCGCGUGUCUACCGUCCGCGGUCGGAUGAAAGACUCUUCCAGGAUGGCUGGCAGACUCCCAAGUCCGACACCAGCUUCUUCGGCCUGAUCAAAAACCACUCGACCCUUCCCGACAGCCAUGUGCUCAGACACAACUCGCUUGAUGGUUACCUGUGGCUCCGCUUCUUCAAGGUCCUGAUUGUCAUGAGUUUUGUCGGAUGCAUUAUCACCUGGCCUGUCUUGUUCCCUGUCAAUGCCACUGGCGGCGGUGGUCAACAACAAUUGGACAUUCUGAGCAUGUCCAAUGUCGAAAACCCAAACCGGUACUACGCUCAUUCAAUUAUCGGAUGCAUCUUUCUCGGCUUUGUGGUUCUUUUGCUCGCUCGCGAAAGGAUCAACUUUAUCGGCCUUCGACGAGCGUUUUUCCUUUCGGCGGCUCACGCUCAACGUCUCUCCUCACGUACGUUGAUGGUCCUUGGAUUGCCUCUCGAAUUCCAGGAUGAAAAGGCUCUCAGAGAGAUGUUUGGUCCUUACGUGCGUAAAAUCUGGCUCGUGACGGACUGCAAGAAACUCGAGGACGACGUCAAGAAACAGAACAAGACUGCGCUGAAGCUCGAAGGGGCCGAAAUGAAGAUGAUCAAGAAUGCAAACAAGCUACGCAAUAAGACCCUCAAGAAGCAGACCACAGACACGCCAACCGAGCAGAACGCUCUUCAUUGGAUUAACCCUAAGAAGCGACCACAGCACCGUCUGAAGCCUCAAUUGUGGAAGAAGGUUGAUACCAUCAAUUGGUCUCGCGGCACUCUCACCGAGCUUGACCGGUUCGUCCACGAGCAGCAAAGCGAGCAUCUCGACUUGAAGCAUACCAAAGUCCCUGCGGCCUUUAUCGAAUUCUCCAACCAGUCGGCUGCUCACCACGCCUAUCAAACCAUUGGCACUGGCUCAUUGAACAAAUUCAACCCACGCUACAUUGGAGUUCAGCCGGAUGAAGUUGUAUGGAAGAAUCUCAGCGUCAGCAAUGCCUCUCGCAAGACUAAAUUGCUCCUCGCAACGGCCGUUAUCUGGGUCAUGAUCAUCUUCUGGGCCAUUCCCGUUGCCUUUGUGGGUGCAUUAUCCAACAUCAACUACUUGACCAACAAGGUACAUUUCCUUAGCUUCAUCAACGACAUUCCCAAGGUCAUCCUCGGUCUCGUCACUGGUCUGCUCCCCACAAUCUUGCUAGCCGUGUUGAUGGCUCUUGUCCCAAUCUUCUGUGCUCUGCUCGCAAAACUUGCUGGAGAACCCACUCUGUCAGCCAUUGAGCUCCGAACUCAGAGCUGGUACUUUGCCUUCCAAGUCGUGCAAGUUUUCCUCAUCACCACAUUUACUUCUGCUGCCACUUCGGUGACCACUCAGAUCAUCCAAAACCCAGGCUCUGCCCCUACGCUGCUUGCCACCAAUCUGCCCAAGGCAUCCAAUUUCUACAUCAGCUACUUCAUUCUGUUCGGCCUUGCUCAGGCAGCCCUGCAACUUCUCAACAUCGUCCCACUUCUGAUGUAUACCCUCGUCGGCGGCCUCUUGGACAGUACCCCGCGAAAGAAGUACAAUCGCUACAUCAGCAUCCCGGGUUUGGGUUGGGGCUCAACCUACCCUAAAUUCACCCUUCUUGGUGUUAUCGCAAUCACAUACGCUUGCAUCGCGCCUCUGGUACUUGGUUUCGCAACCAUCGGCUUCUGUCUGCUCUACCUCAUGUUCAGAUACAACUUCCUCUUCGUCAUGGGCAAUAAGACCGACCUGAAAGGUGAAGGUUACUCCAAGGCAUUGAAACACAUGAUGAUCGGUGUUUACCUCGCCUCCAUCUGCCUCAUCGGUCUGUUUGCCAUUGGCUGCAGCAAGAGUGCCGUCAGCGCGGGUCCUUUGGCCAUCAUGGUCGUGUUCCUUGUUGUUGUGAUCAUUUUCCAAUUCCUGCUUGACCGGGCUCUGUCUCCUCUCGAGAAGACCAUGCCAUUGGAAUUGUUGCAAGGGAAUAAGUUCAGCACAACCGUUGUCGAGCAGAUCAUGGAUGAGCACGAGAUGAAGCAAGAUCAAAUGGAAAGUGGAUCGGCCAGUCAAGAGAAGUCCGUUCCUGAGUUCGUCAAAACUGAAGGUGACGCUCCCCAACCCAAGAACAAACCUUUCAACUUCUUGAGCCGACGUCUGGAACCAAUGCUGCUCAAGUUCUACGAGGCAAACAAGAGUAUCACACCGGCCGAGCACGACCAUAAUAUUCCAGCAUACACGUCGGAAGAAUAUGAGCAAUCAUACCUCAACCCAGCCAUCACAUCUCCUGCUCCUCUCAUCUGGCUAGCCAAGGAUCCCGCUGGCGUGAGCAAGGUUCUUGUGCAAGAAAACCGAGAAGCCAGCAUUGACAGCACAGAUUCUCAUGCAGAACUCAAUGAGAAGAACAAGCUUGUGUGGAAUGAGGAUGAACUUCGCCAGGCGCCAUUGUGGCGAAGACCUGUACGAUAUUAAUCCAGUCAAGUUGCAGUCACCUAUCGAGUAGGUAGAUUUGCGGAGUUGACCGGGCACGGGGCAUCGAAACGAAGGAGUCGAUUGUUACCAAAGGGCUUGUUUUGAAAUUAUUUAGUUAUGAACGGACCAAACAAGAAUUAAUUCAACAAAGACCAGGGGAUGUGUUUCGGUCGUUAAGGGGAAAAUGGAAAUGGGCAACAACAAAACUAUUAGCGGCUACAUGGAUACCCUGGUUUAAUGAUACUUAGUUACUUAAUUGAAGAAUUCUAAACAUGUUUUGAUUUGAA